CGAUAAUAUAAUAAAAAGAUAGAUGACUGGCGUGUUUUGUUAUACAUGUGCAAGUAUGGAACAUACAUUUUAUCUAAAAUAUGUUUAUCAUUGCAUUAUGAAUGGUUAUUUGUAGAACGAUUUUCCUACGUACGGAAUAUAUAUUAUAUCAGAUUCGCUCCUAUUACAAUAGUUAAUUAUAUGAGAAUUAUUAUACCUGUCUACAGUUUAAUUAGCCGUGCAACAUUUUGUGCCAAUAUGUCUGGUUCCUCAGAUAAGGGCCGUGUGCUGACUAGAGAAGAACGGUUUUCUUACCAAAAUGUAGACUUCAAGUUAGCGGAUGCAGUGAAGACUGACGUUAUUUACAAAUACUUCAGAGAUGCUAGUACAGAGGAGCCCAAAGUUCUGACAGAAGAGACGGUAGGAGAUGAACACAUGGAUAAAACAGUGCCAACGACUUAUAUCAUUCAUGGAUUUACAACUGAUGACAGUUCGCCAUGGUAUAAACCUUUCAAAGACGAGCUCUUCAAGUUGGGUCCACACAAUGUGAUCUAUAUAAACUGGCAGAAGGCUGGAAAUAAAUCAUAUUCUGUAUCCAGUGCGAACAUUGAUCCUGUGGGAAAGUAUAUCGCCCAGUUUAUACUUGCUUCCGGGGUAUUGCCAGAAAAGGUCCAUAUUGUGGGUCACUCAUUGGGGUCCCAGCUAGCAGGCUUCAUAGGCAAAUGGGUCCAGAAACUGUCCGGCAAAAAAAUCGGUAGGAUAACUGGCCUAGACCCUGCUGGGCCCAGGUUUGACUACCCUGAAGCCCCACCUACGAACAGGCUUUGUGACACUGACGCUGACUUUGUUGAUGUGAUACAUACUGACAUUCAACAUUAUGGAUACACUCCACCUUUGGGACACGUGGAUUUUUACCCUAAUGGUGGCAUGGAUCAACCUGGAUGUCCUCCUCGCCAAAUUGAUGUAAAAUGCAACCAUGGAAGAGCUGUAAGGUAUUUUAUUGAAUCUAUGUACAUACAGGCGAAAGCUAAAGAAGCAAAUUUUAUCGAGGCAAACGAUUAUUAUGUUCAGAUAAACGUAAAAAACAAUCCGAAAGAAGUGAUUUUUGGAUAUUUUGCUGAGCGUUCUUCCAGAGGUGUAUUCUAUCUGGAAACCAAAAGCAGUGUACCUUAUCUGAUUGUGUGAAUGUUGUUUUCGCUCAAUAAAUGUUUGUGUUACUGUGUGCUUUAUUACUUGUUUUUGUGCAUACGAAACGAAUCUUUGUCUGUCUAUUCGUCCGUACCUCGUAAUCCCCUAAUAUUUGUUUAGGGAGAGAACGCUUUACGUUCGCAGAACUCGAAAUCCGUUCUUAGCAGACAUCUAUUGCCUAUAAGCUACCCCUCUAUCAAAUUCUAC